GCGGAGCGCGGCGGGGCCCGGCUCGGCCCGGCUCGGCUCGGCUCGGCCCGGCUCGGCUCGGCUCGGCUCGGCCCGGCCUGGCUGCGCAGGGGGCGAGGAUGCGGGAGGGGCGGCCCGGGGCUCGCCGCUGCCCCCCCGCCCUGCCCGCCUAAGGGGCGUCCGCGCCGCCGCCACCAUGAAGAAGCAAUUCAACCGCAUGCGCCAGCUCGCCAACCAGACCGUGGGCAGGGCUGAGAAGACUGAGGUUCUCAGUGAAGAUCUGCUGCAGGUGGAGAAGCGCCUGGAGCUGGUGAAGCAGGUCACCCACAGCACCCACAAGAAGCUGACAGCAUGCCUGCAGGGCCAGCAGGGCCUGGACGCCGACAAGCGCUCGAAGAAGCUGCCCCUGACCACGCUGGCACAGUGCCUGAUGGAGGGAUCGGCCGUGCUGGGCGAGGACUCCCUGCUGGGGAAGAUGCUGAGGCUGUGUGGGGAGGCAGAGGACAAACUGGCUCAGGAGCUGAUCCACUUCGAGCUGCAGGUGGAGAGGGAUGUGAUCGAACCUCUCUUUGUGCUGGCUGAGGUGGAGAUCCCAAACAUCCAGAAGCAGAGGAAACACUUGGCGAAGCUCGUGCUGGACAUGGACUCCUCCAGGACAAGGUGGCAGCAGUCUGCAAAGUCCUCGAGCCUGGCCAGCAACCUGCAGCCCUCGGGGGCCAAAGCCGACGCGCUCAGGGAGGAGAUGGAGGAGGCAGCCAACAGAGUGGAGAUCUGCAGGGACCAGCUCUCUGCUGACAUGUACAAUUUCGUGGCCAAAGAAGUAGACUAUGCAAACUAUUUCCAAACUCUGAUCGAGGUGCAGGCAGAGUACCAUCGGAAGUCCUUAGCCCUCCUGCAGAACGUCCUGCCCCAAAUCAAAGCCCAGCAGGAGGCCUGGAUGGAGAAGCCCUCCUUCGGGAAGCCCUUGGAGGAGCACCUGGCGGUCAGCGGGCGGGAGAUCGCCUUCCCCGUGGAGGCCUGCGUCACCAUGCUGCUGGAGUGCGGCAUGCAGGAGGAGGGUCUGUUCCGCGUGGCUCCCUCGGCCUCCAAGCUGAAGAAGCUGAAGGCUGCCCUGGACUGCUGCGUGGUGGACGUGCAGGAGUACUCUGCUGACCCUCACGCCAUAGCAGGAGCCCUCAAGUCCUACCUGCGAGAGCUGCCGGAGCCCCUGAUGACGUUCGAGCUGUACGAGGAGUGGAUCCAGGCCUCCAACAUCCCAGAGCAGGAGAAGCGGCUGCAGGCUCUGUGGAACGCCUGCGAGAAGCUGCCCAAAGCCAACUACAACAACAUCAGGUACCUGAUCAAAUUCCUGGCCAAGCUGACCGAGUACCAGGACAUGAACAAAAUGACUCCAAGCAACGUGGCCAUCGUGCUGGGACCCAACCUCCUCUGGCCACAGGCUGAUGGGAACAUGACGGAGAUGAUGACGACGGUGUCGCUGCAGAUCGUGGGCAUCAUCGAGCCGCUCAUCCAGCACGCAGACUGGUUCUUCCCUGGAGACAUCGAGUUCAACGUGACAGGCAACUACGGCAGCCCCAUGCACGUCAACCACAACGCCAACUACAGCUCCAUGCCCUCGCCGGACAUGGACCACGCGGAGCGCCGGCAGCACGACCAGGGCCGGAGGCCUCUCAGCGUGGCCACCGACAACAUGAUGCUGGAGUUCUACAAGAAGGAUGGCCUUAGGAAAAUCCAAAGCAUGGGCGUCAGGGUGAUGGACACCUCGUGGGUGGCUCGUCGAGGCCCCUCGGCCGUGCGCAAGGCCUCCUCCACCCCCCCGGCCCUGCACCCCCCCCCGCCCCCUGCCGACCUCCCCACAGCCCCCCACUCGCCCAUCCCCGAGCACUCGCCGGACGUCUCGGCCGCCCCUUCCCCACCGCCCACCGGCUUCGGCUUCCCCCCAGCAGCCGAGCGGACAAGCACUUUACGGCCCAAGGACCCCUCCCCCGGGCCUCCCCCGACGGCCGAGCAGAGCCCGCACGCCCCCCGCAAAGUGGCCAAGAAGCUGGCGCCCAUCCUGCCGGGGGGGACGCAGCCCUCCCCCGCCAGCCUGUCCCCGACCCCGCCUAGCACCCCCUCCCCGUACGGCCCUGCCGCAGCCUCCCCGGGGCCCUGCCCGCCCCCUCCGCCCCCUCCCCCGCCCCCCCUCGCAGCUGUCCCCCCCCCCAAAUCUCGCCCCGCGGCCAAGGCGCGACCCCGCCCGACGCUGCCCCCUCCUCCCCAGCCCCCCCCAGCCACCCCCGGGACCUCCCCGGCCCCGGAGCCGCCCCGGGACGGAGCCUUGGCAGGUCUGCUCCGCUUCGAGGUCCCUUCCCUCCACGUCCCUCCGGACGCCGCCUUGUGCCGGGACCCUCCGGAAGCAGCGCAGAGACUCUCGGGGCCGGGCGCGGCCACCCGGCAGGAGGAAGAGGAGGAAUCGGAGAGCACAGCCCUAUGACAGUGUCCCUGUCCCCAGGCUCACCCCUGUGACACCCACGGCCCAGCCCCGGCCGCCGCUGGCCACCGGCAGGGCCCCUUUUGGGUGACAAAGCGCCCGCUUUGGGGGCAGUCGCUCUUCUUUAUGUCAUUUUUUUUUGUUCGCCUUAUCCAGACUUUGCCUUUUGGACCGGGGGUGCCUGCGCCCCUCC